GGAGCUCCACAGCAGCUCAGCCAAACGGACAGACGGAACCAAGACACCUCUCGGUCCGCGAGCUCGAUUGGUGCCUCUCGGGAAGAUGCAGGGGCUGACGGUGCUGCUCGCCUCGGCAGGCGUGUGCCUGGGCCUGCUGGUGGCACCCGCGGAAGGCACUGACCUUGCCCAACCGGCCGCCCCCCGGCGCCAGAAGAGGGACUGGAUUUGGAACCAGAUGCACAUCGAUGAAGAGAAAAACACCUCGCUGCCCCAUUAUGUGGGCAAGAUCAAAUCAAGUGUGAACCGCAAGAACGCCAAGUACCUGCUCAGAGGAGAGUCUGCCGGCAAGGUCUUCCGGGUCAAUGAGGACUCAGGGGACGUGUAUGCCUUUGAGAGGCUGGACAGGGAGAAGAUCCCAGAGUACCACCUUACUGCCCUCGUGGUAGACAAGGACACCAAUAAUGACUUAGAGUCUCCUUCCAGCUUCACCAUCAAAGUUCAUGAUGUGAAUGACAACUGGCCUGUGUUCACGCACCGGUUGUUCAACGCCUCUGUGCCAGAGAUGUCGGCCGUGGGGACCUCAGUCAUCCGUGUGACAGCCGUUGAUGCAGAUGACCCCACCGUGGCAGACCACGCCAGUGUCAUGUACCAAAUCCUGAAGGGAGAAGAAUAUUUUGCUAUUGAUGGUUCUGGACUCAUUUUCACUACAACCAAAAACCUGGACCGAGAGACCCAGGCCAAGUAUGAGAUCGUGGUGGAAGCACGAGAUGCCCAGGGACUCCGAGGGGACUCAGGCACAGCUACGGUGCUGGUCACUCUGCAGGACGUCAAUGACAAUUUCCCCAUCUUCACCCAAACCAAGUACACAUUUGCGGUGCCUGAAGACAUCCGUGUGGGCAGCUCCUUGGGCUCUCUGUUUGUUGAGGACCCAGAUGAGCCCCAGAACCGGAUGACCAAGUACAGCAUCGUGCAAGGCGAAUACAGGGACACCUUCACCAUCGAGACGGACCCCAACCACAACGAGGGAAUCAUCAAGCCCAUGAAGCCCCUGGACUAUGAAUACAUUCAGCAAUACAUCUUCACCAUCGAGGCCACGGAUCCCACCAUCAACCUCCACCACCUAAGCAGCGCCUCCACCAGAAAAACUGCCCGAGUCAUCAUCAACGUCACAGAUGUGGAUGAGCCCCCCAGCUUCCAGCAGCCCUUCUACCACUUCCAGCUGUGGGAGAACCAGAAGAAACCUUUGAUCGGCUCAGUGAGGGCCAAAGACCCCGAUGCAGCUCGGCGGAGCAUUGGAUACUCCAUCCGCACGACCAGUGACAAGGGCCAGUUCUUCCGAAUAACCAAACAAGGGGACAUUUACAAUGAGAAAGAGCUGGACAGAGAAGUCUACCCCUGGUAUAACCUGACAGUGGAGGCCAAAGAACUGGAUUCCAGCGGGUACUCCACAGGCAAAGAAUCCAUUGUCCAAGUCCACAUUGAAGUUAUGGAUGAAAAUGACAACGCUCCAGAGUUCGCCCAGCCCUACGAGCCCAGAGUGUGUGAGAAUGCUGCCCAGGGCAAGCUGGUCGUGCAAAUCUCAGCAAUAGAUAAGGACAUAACGCCACAAGAUGUGAAAUUCAAAUUCUCUCUGAGCACUGAGGACAGCAACUUCACCCUGACAGAUAAUCACGAUAACACGGCCAACAUCACAGUCAAGUACGGACAGUUUGACCGGGAGCGUGCCAAGGUCCACUAUCUGCCUGUGCUCAUCUCAGACAACGGGAGGCCGAGCCUCACAGGCACCAGCACACUGGUUGUGACUGUCUGCAAGUGCAAUGAGCAUGGCGAGUUCACCUACUGUGAGGAGAUGGCUGCCCAAGCAGGUGUCAGCAUCCAGGCGCUGGUAGCCAUCUUCCUCUGCAUCCUCACCAUCACAGAACCCUCCCGGGUCCGACUGCCGCGCAUGCGCCGUGCCGCCCCUGCACACUGCGCCAGCCGGCUCCGCCAGCCCAGCUCUGCCCGCCAGGGGCGCGGCGCCGCCCCCCCUCAACCACAUACGCAUUUGCCCAGGUCUGAGUGUCGCAGUGGGCCCCAGACGAGGUAUUCUGGGAGCGGGGACGUGAGGCGGAAUGGGAGUGACGUGGACUUGCCGCACACCAUUAAGCCACUUCAGAGCCUGGAGUGCCGCCGCCGCCCGCCCUCCGAUUUCUAG